AUGUCCGCCAAGUCCAUCCUCGAGGCCGACGGCAAGGCCAUCCUCAACUACCACCUCACCCGCGCUCCCGUCAUCAAGCCCACUCCUCUCCCCACCCCCACCAAGCACAACCCUCCUCCCAGGCUGUGCUCGCUGCACUUCCCCGAGGAUGCCAACGUCGAGGAUGUCCUCAACCAGGCCGAGGUCACCUACCCCUGGGUUCUCCAGCCCGGCACCAAGUUCGUUGCCAAGCCCGAUCAACUGAUCAAGCGCCGUGGUAAGAGCGGUCUCCUGGCCCUCAACAAGACCUGGGCCGAGGCCCGCGCCUGGAUCGCCGAGCGUGCUGGCAAGGAGGUCAAGGUCGAGACCACCACCGGUGUUCUGCGCCAGUUCCUCGUCGAGCCCUUCGUUCCUCACCCCCAAGACACCGAGUACUACAUCAACAUCAUGUCCGUCAGAGAUGGCGACUGGAUCCUCUUCACCCACGAGGGUGGUGUUGAUGUCGGUGAUGUCGAUGCCAAGGCUGAGAAGCUCUUGAUCCCCGUCGACCUCUCACAAUACCCUUCCAACGACGAGAUCGCCGCGACUCUGUUGAAGAAGGUCCCCAAGGGUGUUCACAACGUUCUGGUUGACUUCAUCAGCCGGUUGUACGCAGUCUACGUCGAGUGCCAGUUCACCUACCUCGAGAUCAACCCCCUCGUUGUUAUCCCCAACGCGGAUGCCACCUCCGCCUCCGUGCACUUCCUGGAUCUUGCUGCCAAGCUCGACCAGACUGCUGACUUCGAGUGCGGUGUCAAGUGGGCCAUUGCCCGCUCUCCCGCCGCUCUUGGUCUGACCAACGUUGCCGCUUCCAACGGCGAAAAGGUCAACAUUGACGCCGGCCCGCCGAUGGAGUUCCCCGCUCCCUUCGGUCGUGAGCUCACCAAGGAGGAGGCCUACAUCGCCGACCUUGACGCCAAGACCGGUGCCUCUCUCAAGCUUACCGUCCUCAACCCCAACGGCCGCAUCUGGACUCUGGUCGCCGGUGGUGGUGCUUCCGUCGUCUACGCCGAUGCCAUUGCCUCUUCUGGCUUCGCCGACGAGCUCGCCAACUACGGUGAGUACUCUGGUGCUCCCACCGAGUCCCAGACCUACCACUACGCCCGCACCGUCCUCGACCUGAUGCUCCGCGCUCCCUUGAACGAACAGGGCAAGGUCCUCUUCAUCGGUGGUGGUAUUGCCAACUUCACCAACGUUGCCAGCACAUUCAAGGGUGUCAUUCGCGCCCUCCGCGACUACGCCAAGCAGCUCAACGAGCACAACGUCCAGAUCUGGGUUCGUCGUGCCGGCCCCAACUACCAGGAGGGUCUCAAGAACAUGAAGGCCGCCACCCAAGAACUUGGCCUGAACGCCAAGAUCUUCGGCCCCGAGAUGCACGUCUCCGGCAUCGUGCCCCUGGCCCUCGUUCCCGGUAGGUGGGAGGCCAGCGGUGCUGAGGAGUUCAGAGGUUAA